AUGCGGACCCGACCGCCGCAUUUUCGCCCAUGUGUGGUGUUUGGCGUUUGGCUUGACAGUCGACCCAAAAUAUUUCAAUUUUGCGCAAAAACCAUGUUUGGGUGCGAAUUUUGUGUAAAAUAAUCAAUCCCUCGCGAUGGCUUCGUCCCAAGACGCUUGGUACCUGUCCCUCCUGGGGCUAGCCGAGCAUUUCCGCACCUCGAGCCCCCCUAUGAUCAAGCUCUGCAUCCAGUGCCUCCAGGCUGUGUUUAAUUUUAAACCACCGCCGCGGGUCGAAGCUCGCACUCAUUUACAACUCGGAAACAUACUUUUGACCCAUACCAAGAACACGGACUUGGCGAAAAACCACUUGGAACAAGCGUGGUUGUUGUCACAAAUGAUCAACACCUUUGACGAUGUUAAAUUCGAAGCGGCGAGCGUUUUGGCCGAAUUGUACGAACAACAGCAGCAAAUUUCGCUGUCUAAGCCCAUUUUGAGGAAAGCGAUCGAGUUGUCGCAACAUAAUGUUUACUGGCAUUGCAGGCUAAUUUUCCAGCUUGCGCAAAUUCACGCAACUGAGAAAGACUACCAGUUGGCCAGUAGUCUGCUGGGUGUUGGGGUGGAUUAUGCCCACAUCUCGAAUGCUUGUUACACUCGAGUUUUGUUUCUUUUAAGUAAAGGAAUGUUAUUAUUGAUUGACAAAAAGUUGCAAGAAGUCCAGCCAGUAUUAAACCAAGCCGGUCACUUGAUUGAAACUUGGACAGGCGCUGCGUACCAGAAGGAAUACCUCCGAGUGUAUUUUUUGGUGUUGCAAGUGUGCCAUUGUCUAAUGGCCGGUCAGGUAAAAAGCGUAAAACCUUGCCUGAAGCAGUUGCAACAAAGCAUACAAACAAUAAUGGCAACGGAUGAUGUUUUUACAGGGCCAAGUGUUGGCGAUAUGUUCUUAUGGAUGCCCAAAGAGCAUCUCUACGUUUUGGUUUAUUUGGUAACUGUGAUGCACAGUAUGCAGGCCGGUUAUAUGGAAAAGGCCCAGAAAUACACCGAUAAGGCGUUAAUGCAAAUCGAGAAAUUGAAAAGUUGGUUUUUGUACACUUAUCUGACACGUCCAACAAUUCUAACAGUUGUAGAUAAUAAGCCGAUUUUGUCGGUUUUCCAGUUAAUGUUACUCGAACAUAUAAUUAUGUGUCGUCUUGUGAUGGGUAACAAGACUCAAGCCUUGCAAGAAAUCUCCUCAGCUGUGGCUCUUUGUCGGCAAAAUGCCAAGUUGUUAGAGACACACGGACCACAAUUGCACACUUUAUUGGGGCUUUAUUCCAUGAGUAUGAACUGUAUGGAGGCGGCCGAGGCGCAGUUCAUGGCCGCCUUACACACGUCACGCGAGCGCGAAUUGUGGACUUUUGCAAACUUGAAUCUGGCAAUUGUGUAUUUGAGGGGUAAAAGAGAGUCGGAUUUUAACGCUCUUCACGAGAGAAUUAAUCCCGAGUCUUUGCCGUCUCAUUCGCACAGUUUACGAGCGGCGGCUUAUUACGUUCAAGGCCUACAAGCGUUUUUUCAAGGACGUUACAAUGAGGCCAAGAGGUAUUUGCGAGAAACUUUAAAGAUGGCAAAUGCCGAAGACUUGAACCGAUUAACUUCGUGUUCGUUGGUUCUUUUAGGGCACAUUUUUCUCUCGUUGGGGAACAGUCGUGAAAGCAUGAAUAUGGUGACGCCAGCGAUGCAAUUGGCGAGUAAAAUCCCCGAUGUUCAUGUCCAGUUGUGGGCAUCUGCGAUUUUGAAAGAUUUGUAUCGGAUGUGUAGUGAUCCACAAAGCGAAAACGAGGCCUAUCAGAGACACGUGAAUUUCUCGCAAAUGUUACUCAACGAUCAUUUUCAAGCAUCACAAAUGCCCGAACAUAACUUGAUUAUGUGGACGCAGGGGAGCUUCCCCAACAUCACCAAUUCCCCGAACACGUCGGGAGUUUUAAUGUAAUUUACCUAUUUAUUAUUUUAUUCGAAUUUACGCAAACGCUUAUUUUUUAUAAACCGGUCUUGAAUAAACAAUUGAAAUAAGAA